AUGUACUGGAAUGCGUGCAAGUACACAAGUGAAGAGCAAGUUUGUGAGUACGCAAGGAACGUGUCGUUCGAUUGGCGGCGAGGUGAGGGCAAGAUCUCCAAGCAGCAAUGGUUCUCAAGAGUAGUCGGUGAGCACGGUCGUAGGCCAGACCAUGAUAACAUUAUCGAGCCGUGUGUGCUGCGCACCAUGAUGGAGCAGUCUUGGCGGGUUCCUGACCAUGUGUACACGCUCCGCGUCGUGGCGGCAACCUCCCUGCGAGCCAGAAAGCCGUCAGGUGCACUCCAGAGGACCCCAGCUGUGGUGGUCGCCGCCGCCUGCAACUGCUGCUUGAUCAUGGUUCGAGUCCCGCUGGCAGCUUUGCUGCUGUCUUUGCUGUUCCGCGCAGGCGCGCCGCUGCUCUGCUACGUGUGCGACGCCGCGGAGGACCCGUCGUGCGCCGACCUGUCGUCCAGCCUGUACUUCCGGUUCCGCCACCUGGGCAAGUGCAAGGGCUUCGUGGACGAGGACGGCUGGCCGAUCGGGCGGCCGCUCUGCUACAAGACCGGCCGCCCAGGCGCCGUGAGGCGGGGCUGUCUGUCCGCCGAGCCGCAGGCGUGCCUGGGCGAGCCCUGCAACGUGUGCGACUCCAACGGCUGCAACGGCUCCGCCGCCUCCGGUCGCAGCUGCCCGUCCUUCCUGUGGAGCGCGCUGCUGCCCGCCGCGCUGUCUGCGGCGCGGCGCCUGCUGCCCGCGGUACUGCGCCUGCUGGCCCGGUGGCCCGCGGUACUGCGCCUGCUGGCCCGGUGGCCCGCGGUACUGCGCCUGCUGGCCCGGUGGCCCGCGGUACUGCGCCUGCUGGCCCGGUGGCCCGCGGUACUGCGCCUGCUGGCCCGGUAG